AUGCCCUCUUCGAGCCAAGUUUGCACGUGGACAGGAUUACUCUCUUCAAGAUAUGCUUGUCAGCCGGCAAUCACCAGGCAUGAGCCUCCUGCUUUGCCAUCUACCAGUCCGUAUACGAGCUGGGCCUUCACAUAUGGAACCUUGGCGAACCGUCAGAUAUGUCUUCAGUGGGCCAUAACUAGACAGCAUGCACGGAAUUCGGCCAGCCACGUCGGUCGAACCUUCUAUUGUGUCGGGCAUCAAGGCGCGGCUGCUAUCCGUCCACUGACGUUGCUGGUAGGCUUGAACAGACGCGGCUACCCGUCUCAACCUGCCAGCAAGUUUCAAGUUUGCACGGUGAGGUGUAUUGACACCGCCCGAGCCGUGUAUAGCGUCGGUUCUUUCGGCUCCGUGGUACCAGCCCUGCGGCCGGAUGCAGGGCGUCUGGUCCUCACCCUGAGAUCUCAUGUUUGCCCAUUCAAGCGCAGUCUGCAGAAACAAGCCUGCAGGUGUGCUGGCGGUAGGAACCCGCAUGGGGUUGCUUUGCGUGACAAUGAAAGCGUACACUAUCCAAUCCUUAUUGCGUGGCGUCUAUCAGCACCUCUAAAUGUCUUAACGGCCGCUUCACUUGUUUUGGUAUCAGCUCUGAUCGUUCAGACUUCCCAAUUUCUGAGACUCCUUGGGUCGAACAACAGCGCAACUAUGCCGCUUUCGCAGUCGCCCCGCCGACCGUCUUCCGCGGACCUGUCAGGCGGCUUUGGUAUGGCUCGACAUGGCAAGAGUACCUUUUGUGCACCUCUUCCCUCUCAUGCCCAGAAUCAGCCACUUUCCACUUCCCCUAGGUCGUCUGUGGAGACACCCUCAAUGGCGACUGCAGUUCAUCAUCAAAAUUUACCUUUCCACAGUCAAGGAGCAUCAUCAAACAUUACGGGCCUUGACGAGCCGGACUCUAUGCAGUGGACAGCACCCAACACCUUUGCUUUUCAUCCAUUUGACCAUGAAGGCGCCAGCCAUCAGCUCUCCAGCUCUUUCUCAUCCGGAAGCGGAAACUACAGUCAAUACUCACAAAAUGGCUCCUCUUGCACUGACAAUUAUAACCUUGCGUACUCCAGCCAGUACCCCGACUCCAGUUGUCCUCGAUCUUACAAUGGUAUCGAUGGGACUGGUCUCUCCACUGAGAUCAACACUGCACAGACAUAUCCGCCUGACGCCUUUCAGAUUGAGCCCCCAAGACAUGCUGAUAAUAUGGACCUUUCCGACCAGGAAAGCAAUGGGCAUCUCAUGCAAAUGAGCAACGACUACGAGCCGCAUCGCUACAAUUCGCACAUCAAGAUAGAAGAUAAUUUCGGCUACCAAAGUCCUUACUCGAACAUAACUCGCGCGUCAACUCCCCAAGACUGCGGUUCGCCAUACCCACACAGUGGUGAUGCUGGAGGCGAUAUUGCUAUCGACAAAGAGCAGCCCUACGCACAACUAAUCUACCAGGCGCUGCUCCAUGCAGAUGGCCACACCAUGAUCCUCAGAGACAUCUACGAUUGGUUCAAAAAAUACACCGAUAAAGCUGCUGCAUCAGAGACGAAAGGAUGGCAGAAUAGCAUCCGACACAACCUCUCCAUGAACGGCGCUUUCGAGAAAGUCGACCAGCCAGGCGAGGAAUCACGCAAAGGCUUCAUGUGGCGUCUCAGCGAGUCUGCCAUCCGCGAAGGCGUCAAAUCAACAACUCGCUACCGCUCUAAAGCGCCCAACAAAAGGGGUCAACGUUCGCACUUCCCGCAGCCCCAACGCCAAGCAUCCGGGUCCAAAGGUGGACAGGCGGCGCGCCGCAGUGUAAGAAUGCGCCGCUCGAAUCGGAUGCAGUUACAGCAAGAGUACCGGAGUAAUCCGUAUGCGAACCGUAGUGUGCCAGCAGCCUUCGACCCCAUGUAUUCACAUACGCAAGCGCAGCCUCAAACACAGACCCAAGGCUUGAGUACGCAGGCUCUAUACACACCCGAUUCCUCGUACACGAGCAGCGACGAUUUGGACUUGAACUACCAGUCUACGCACAAAGAUGCAUCCAUGAGCAGCGACUUUGGCUCUAGUUCCCCAUCCCUCAUACCCAAUCACCAUAACCCAUUCGACCUUUUCGCUUCUUCUUCUUCUUCUUCUUCUUCUUCGUCGCCUGCCUCCAGACCAUACGCAGCAUCCCUCAUGCCGCACGCCUUGCUUCAUGGCCUACCUCACCUUUCAUCGAAUCCUCCGCCAACGAGCCAGCCUAGUUCCCUAAGAAAUCCGAGUGACAAUGCGAACGCAAAUAGUCAUACUCAAAUCAUACCCUCGGCUUCGGACUACCUCUUCGAUCAUAGUCCCACUGACUCAUUAUUUACAGACUCCCCGAGCCCGGGUAGUGUGGAUGAGCCGCGGACGCCGGAAGGAGGGGAUGUUGGGGCGGGGGUGUGGGGAGAGGAUGUUGAGGGUUUUGGGCUGGGGUUGGGGCUUGGGUUAGACAUGGGGAUGGGGAUGGGGAUGGGGGCCGGGGAGUGGUAG